AGGCCUUUUGUGAAUACGACCGCUACGCAAACUCCCCCACUUUCACCUUUCGAUCGGCUGAGGCAACUAUUCGUACUGGUGCUCGAGCAGACUAUCAUACUCGCAAAUAACCCUCAACCUACCUUGCGUAUGAUAUAGGAGCUGAGAUCAGUUCUCAUUGCUUCUCCACGACACUGGAAGCACUCAUUUCCUGGGACAUCUGAUUUAUCGGCCCUCACUAUUAGCGUGCCGGUGAUCUUCCUGUCGUCUGGGCUGCUACUCGUAGGGGAGCGUAAUUUCUGCGUUGCCACCACUCUCGGAGACGUCGUUUUUUUUCUCGGCGAAUACCUGUAUUUGUAAGGAUCCUGUGGUUUUCUCUACGCGACUCACUCUGGCGCGCCACAUGGUGCAACUCCGUCCACCCAACUACAGUAUCGGCAAUAAAUAGAUCAAAGCGGCCCUGUAUAAAUAUCGGUGCUGUCGGAGAGCUUUUUGCAACGAGAUAGAUAAGUUGGCGUCUUUUCUUCUACAUUUGCCACCCUUCGCUUGUUGAACAAAUCUUCGUUGUCGUCUUCUCACUAGCCAUCGCCACCCAGGCCCUACAUUUGCGCUUUUUCAACCGCUUCAGAGUGAUACCGGGACCCGAGGAACCUCAAAUUUGAGACAUGGACAAGACUCAAUCCGAUUUGGUUGUGUGGUAUAGAAUGGAGACGGAGUUCUUUCAGGAUCAUGUCAGACACACAAGAUAUGUGGAGAAGGCAAAAAAUAGGAACAGGAAAGUGAGGGAAGAUUGGAGCAAUUGUGAGGAACUCGGAGAGGGAGGUUUCGGUGUCGUCCACAAGCAGAUUCAGAAAAAUACCGGCCACUUUCGUGCUGUAAAGACGAUUGACAAGAGGAGGCUACCUCGCGAUCUCGAUUAUUCUAGGGAGCUCCUUGUGAUGGCCAUAUUAGCAAAGGUUCGCGUUCACCCUUGCGGGAAUUUCUUGUCGUGUUCUAAUGGUUAGUUGUUUUUAGCGUCCGUCAUUAUUUGUCGAGUUCCUGGGCUGGUUCGAGGAACCCGAGAUGCUAUAUAUUGCCAUGGAAUAUCUCGAGGAAGGCGAUCUCACCAAGCAUAUCGGUACACCACUGCCACAGGAGACCGUUCAAAAUAUUUCGAAGCAGAUACUCGAGGGCCUCAACGUAAUGCAUCAACAGGGGAUAGCUCAUCGGGAUCUAAAGCCUGCGGUAUAGUCCUUACCACCAAACAUCUCGCUUGGCAAAUUACUGACAAAUGCAUAGAAUAUUUUUGUAGUUUCUAUGUCUCCCGUCUGGGUCAAACUCGGGGAUUUCGGGAUAUCAAAACGGAUUCAGGCUCAAUCUACCACAACCUUUCACACUCAAGUGAUGACUCAAGCCUACAGCGCCCCCGAGGUUCUAGGGUUGGACUCUAAUAGCGAAACCUCGGACUAUACCAAUUCCGUUGACAUUUGGUCGCUCGGAUGUGUCAUAUACGAGUUGCUUGUAGGGACAAAAUUAUUCACCGAGGGUCGAGUGUCCCGUUACUUCUUCGGUAAAUGGCCCUUUCCCGAAGAUGACCUCAAAAGGCUAUCUCCCCCAACAGACGAUGUCGGAAUUUCCCUACUAAAGUCCAUGCUCGCAAUACAACCCGAGGAUCGCCCAACCGCAGCAGGUGCACUGGGACAUGAGUGGUUGGUGGGCCUUAAGAGUGACGAUGAGGAUAGCGGGGACGAAAGAGACGAAACAACACAAAAUCGUGAUCAAAGUACCCGGAGUAAGAAGCGGGAAAAUAAGCAAGCUAUUCACGGCAAGCCUAAAAAAAGAAGCGAAAGAAAUCACGUGACCCAUGACGACACAAGUUACAUCCCGGGAGACGUAGUUUUAGGAACGAAUCCGGCGUCUCUGGAAUCGGAAUUGGCAGCGGAUGCCUCCCAACUACCAGGCGACUCAUUCCAAGGACCCCAGGGCGCAGAAGGAAAAACGGAUUCGCAAUAUUCCGGAAAUAUUUUCCUAAGGUAGCACCCCGAAAACUAAACCUAGCCUAGAUAUAGAAAGUGUUGCUAACGAGAACUGGCCGCCAAAUACUAGACCUCCUACAAGCGAUCCCCCGACGCCGGACCCUCACCCCGGAAAUAGUCCUCAAUCAGCCCCGGGGGAAAAUAACCCAGCAGAACGCACCACGGCGCACAACGCUGCCACCCCCUCCCCCGACGCACCUGCGAGGGGAAUUGCGCACCGGCGAACCUACCCUAUCCAGAAGAGCAGGUUCAGGUCAGACGAUUCGGAAAGUUCAGAGGACGAAGUCUCGCAGAAUCCCACGCCUAAUGUCCGUGAUGGGGGGGGGCAAUGGGGGCCGGGGUGGCACAACCAUCAAUCGAACGAGAAAUCCUAA